UGACAUGGGAUCCUGCUCGGAAAUUUUCCUCUCGCCAUUCUCUGCCGUUCCCAUCUCCAGUCUGCAUCUCGAAAUUAGUUUGUCAUUUUCCUUCAGGGCUCUGUUCAGUAAGCAAGCCGUAUCUGGAGUCCUUUACUGCGGGACUUUUCAACGAGGAGAAGGGGUCUGGAUAUUUAUCUGGGUGCAUCGUUUGUUUCCAUUCCUCUCCUCAAACACGGGCAAUAUAGUGGAGAGAAGACGCGAUUGCUUUUAAGGGUGGAGAGUGAUCUGGAUACAAAAUAAGGAGCUUCUUUUCCCCGAUAUUUUCUCUCAAAUGAGCGGAUAUUAGACUCUCUUUAUCUGAGCAUCUUUAUGGAGAAUACAAGUAGCUGUGAUCCCAGCAAUUACAUGGAAUCAAAGUCAAUAUUUCCUUGCAAGAGUAUCUGCAUGUAGAGUGUUUAGUAACCCAAGGACACAAUAUAUAUUUUUUCUUGUUAGGAAAAGACAGUUCUGUGACCAAUAGCAUAUUUUAUGUUUUCAAUGGAAAGAUCUGAAGCGGAUCGCUGCCGCAAACUCGUCAAAAGCUGGACAUGUGGACUGAAGAGUCCAGUGGGAUGUGAAAUGUGAAGCAGUGGGAUUUUAAAAUAGGUUUGACGGAGCGAGCGACAUUUCCAGUUGGGAGGCCCCUGAAGUCCCGCCAGGAGAUGAAGCAGGAGGAUAGUUAGCUUGUUCAGCAAGACCCAUCAAGUAACCUGGCAUCCAUCGGUCUCGGAGCGGUGCCUGGCUAAUCCUUAGCAGCUUAGGACUUUGGAUGAGAGUUGGUGUCUAACCUAAGGCCCACCGUGUUUCUGGUCUCUGCCGCUUUCCUUCCCGGGGACCACAGAGGCUGCGGAGACAGACAGCUGCACGGGGCCUCGACGGGGAUGCUCGGACCAGGGUCGCCUCCGCUGCGGGGUGCCAUGCGGGCCACACAGGUGCUGAUCCUCGCCUCCCUCCUCGCCCCCGCGGCCCUUGCCUUCAGCCGAGCACCCAUCCCCAUGGCCGUGGUGCGGAGGGAGCUGUCCUGCGAGAGCUACCCCAUCGAGCUACGCUGCCCGGGCACCGAUGUCAUCAUGAUCGAGAGCGCCAACUACGGGCGGACGGACGACAAAAUCUGCGACGCCGACCCGGUCCAGAUGGAGAACACGCGGUGCUAUCUGCCUGACGCGUAUAAGAUCAUGUCCCAGCGAUGCAAUAACCGGACGCAGUGCGCCGUGGUCGCUGGACCUGACGUGUUUCCGGAUCCUUGCCCUGGAACAUACAAGUACCUGGAGGUCCAGUACGAAUGUGUCCCUUACAAAGUGGAACAAAAAGUUUUCCUGUGUCCGGGCCUGUUGAGGGGAGUGUACCAGAGCGAGCACCUGUUCGAGUCUGACCAUCAAUCUGGAGCUUGGUGCAAAGACCCACUGCAAGCAUCGGACAAGAUCUACUACAUGCCGUGGACCCCCUACAGGACGGACACGCUGACGGAGUACUCGUCCAAGGAGGACUUCAUCGCUGGCAGACCCACCACCACGUACAAACUGCCCCACCGCGUGGACGGGACGGGCUUCGUGGUGUACGAUGGGGCGCUGUUCUUCAACAAGGAGCGCACGCGCAACAUCGUCAAGUACGACCUCCGCACACGUAUCAAGAGCGGCGAGGCCAUCAUUGCCAGCGCCAACUACCACGACACCUCGCCCUACCGCUGGGGGGGUAAAUCGGAUAUCGACCUCGCGGUGGACGAGAAUGGACUGUGGGUGAUCUAUGCCACGGAACAGAAUAAUGGCAAGAUCGUUAUUAGCCAGUUAAAUCCGUACACCCUACGCAUCGAAGGCACCUGGGAGACAUCGUAUGACAAGCGAUCUGCCUCCAACGCCUUCAUGAUAUGCGGAAACCUCUACGUGGUGAAGACGGUCUACGAAGAUGAUGACAACGAAGCCACGGGGAAUAAGAUUGAUUACAUCUACAGCACGGAGCACAGCAAGGAGGGUUACCUCGACAUUCCCUUCCCAAACUCCUACCAGUAUAUCGCAGCUGUGGAUUACAAUCCAAGAGACAAUUUGCUGUAUGUGUGGAACAACUAUCACGUUGUGAAAUACUCGCUGGAUUUUGGGAUAUUGGAUAACCGACUGGAGUCGUCCUCCUCAGUGCUGGUGUACAUGGACACGACCACAGCAAGAACAACCACCCGGCCGACUCCUCUCGUCACCAUCACCAGGACGUUCACCACGUCCACGGCCAACCCACGCGGCAGGAGCACCACCACUGUGUCGCCAGCAGAGGGCAACAGACUGGAGCUCACCACGCGGCCGCCGUUCGUUUCGCAGCUGCCCAACAUAGCCGUGGACUACUGCAGCCCGGUGGAGGAGGCUGACGUUUCCUGGCCAAAAACGCACCAGGGACAGGUUGCUAAGCAGCCAUGCCCUGCCGGAACAAUAGGGGUUGCUACCUACACAUGCCUGCCGCACGAUGGGUACUGGGAUCCUCAAGGGCCGGACCUCAGCAACUGCACCUCGCCUUGGGUCAGCCACAUAACGCAAAAGAUGAGGAUAGGGGAGACGGCGGCCAUCAUCGCCCGGGAGCUCUCAGAGCAGACCAAGAGCCACAUCCACCCGGGGGACAUCUUAUAUGUGGUGAAGGCCAUGGGCCAGCUGGUGGACCUGCUGGACGUCCAGCUCCGUAACCUCACCCCCGGGGGAAAGGACAGUGCGGCUCGCAGCCUGAACAAGCUGCAGAAACGGGAACGCUCCUGCCGAUUUUUCGUACAGGCCAUGGUGGAGACGGUUAAUAAUCUGCUGCAACCCCAGGCCCAGGCGGCCUGGAGGGAGCUCUCCGCCAUCGAUCAGCUGAGAGCCGCCACCAUGCUCCUCGACACGGUGGAAGAGGGGGCCUUCAUGCUGGCAGACAACCUGCUCAAGACAGACAUUGUGCAGGAGAGCACAGAGAACAUCCAGCUGGAAGUGGCAAGAUUGAGCACAGACGGACACUUGAUGGACCUGAGAUUCCCUCAGUCUGAAGGACAUGGGAACUCGAUUCGAUUGUCUGCGAGCACCUUAAAGCAACAUGGAAAAAAUGGAGAGAUUCGGAUGGCCUUCGUUUUAUACAAGAACCUGGGAGCUUAUCUGUCGACGGAGAAUGCUAGCAUGAAACUGGGAGGUGAGGCCAUGGCCGCCAACUACUCUGUCAUCGUCAACUCUCCGGUCAUCACUGCAGCCAUUAACAAGGAGAGCAACAGAGUGUAUCUGACAGAGCCUGUUGUCUUCACCGUGAAGCACCUGCAGCAUUCUGAGGAGAACUUCAACCCAAACUGCUCGUUCUGGAGUUACUCGAAGCGGACGAUGAUAGGAUACUGGUCGACGCAAGGCUGCCGGUUACUGGGCACCAACAGAACACAUACUACCUGCUCCUGUACCCACCUCACCAACUUCGCCGUCCUGAUGGCCCACGUUGAGGUUAAGAAUGUGGACCCUGUUCACGAGCUCCUGCUGGACGUCAUUACCUGGGUGGGAAUCCUGCUGUCCCUUGUCUGCCUGCUCAUCUGCAUCUUUACCUUCUGCUUCUUCCGGGGCCUUCAAAGCGAUCGCAACACCAUCCAUAAGAAUCUCUGCAUUAGCCUCUUCGUCGCCGAGUCGCUGUUCCUCGUCGGGAUCAAUAGAGCUGAUCAGCCAAUCGCCUGUGCCGUCUUCGCCGCCCUCCUGCACUUCUUCUUCCUGGCUGCUUUCACCUGGAUGUUCUUGGAGGGCGUGCAGCUCUACAUCAUGCUGGUGGAGGUGUUCGAGAGUGAGCAUUCCCGCAGGAGGUACUUCUAUCUGGUGGGCUACGGCGUCCCGGCCUUGAUCGUGGCCGUGUCCGCCGCCGUGGAUUACCGCAGCUACGGGACAGACCGAGUGUGCUGGCUCCGACUCGACACCUACUUCAUCUGGAGUUUCAUAGGUCCGGCUACGUUGAUAAUUAUGCUCAACGUGAUCUUCCUUGGGGUGGCCCUGUACAAAAUGUUCCAUCAUACAGCCAUUUUAAAGCCAGACUCUGGCUGCUUGGACAACAUAAAGUCCUGGGUAAUAGGUGCCAUUGCUCUUCUCUGUCUUCUGGGAUUGACCUGGGCGUUUGGACUGAUGUACAUCAAUGAGAGCACAGUCAUCAUGGCCUACCUCUUCACCAUAUUCAACUCCCUGCAAGGGAUGUUCAUCUUCAUUUUUCAUUGUAUUCUGCAAAAAAAGGUCCGAAAGGAAUAUGGCAAGUGUCUGCGCACUCAUUGCUGUAGCGGCAAGAGCGUGGAGACUUCUAUCGCCUCCGGGAAAAGCACGGCUUCCCGGACCCCCGGCCGCUACUCGACAGGAUCACAGAGUCGAAUCCGCCGGAUGUGGAACGACACUGUCAGGAAGCAGUCCGAGUCCUCUUUCAUUACCGGCGACAUAAACAACUCGGCCACACUCAACCGAGGUGCCAUGGCUAACCAACUUAUAACUAAUGCCCUGCUACGACCCCAUGGCACUAAUAAUCCCUAUAACACUUUGCUUGGGGAAUCAGCGGUCUAUAACAACCCAUCUGUGAGCAUGUACAACACGCAAGCCCCCUACAGAGAGACAAAGGGAAUCCUGAACAAUGCCAGGGAUACAAGUGUCAUGGAUACUCUACCACUGAAUGGUAACCAUGGCAACAGCUACAACAUGGCCGGUGGUGAAUACAUGAGCGACUGCGUUCAAAUCAUCGACCGCAGCUAUAACCACAAGGAGACGACGCUAGAGAAAAAGAUCCUGAAGGAACUCACCUCCAACUACAUCCCCUCCUAUCUGAACAACCACGAGCGACCCAGCGAGCAGAACCGGAACCACGUCAACAAGCUAGUUAACAACCUUAGCAACGGUAGUAAGGAUGACCCCGUUGUCCGGGACAACCCCGUCACCUUCAACCAUGAGGAGGCCCUAGGUCUGGAGCUCAUCCGGGAGGAGUCCAAUGCACCCCUGCUCCCACAGCGGGUCCAGUCCACUGGGCCCCACCAGCCCCAUUUCCCUAGGAGGAGGGUCCCACAGGAGAACAGUGACAGUUUUUUCCCCCUGCUCACCAGCGAGCACACCGAGGAAUCCCAGUCGCCAAACAGGGACUCGCUGUACGCCAGCAUGCCGGUGCUCACUGACCUACCUGAUGGAGAAGCGGGUGACGGUAAGGACCAGGAGGAGCUCUCCACUUGUCAAGGCACUGAGGCGGAAGACGUGUACUAUAAAAGCAUGCCGAACUUGGGCUCCCGAGACCAUGUUAACCAGCUGCAUAAUUACUACCAAAUGGGAAGAGGCGGCAGUGAUGGGUUUAUAGCUCCUACUAACAAGGAAGAUUCAUCUCCUGAAGAACCCAGCCAGGAGCCCUCGCAUCUAGUCACUAGCCUAUAGAUGGCAGUCCCUUCCAGUCGUUUCCUGUUCCGAAUCAACUGUCUGCAAUUGUAGAUUUUUUUAUUCUUUUUUUUUUUUUUUUGUUCCUUUCCCGGAAAUUCUGCAAACGUUAAUGCAAUCGAAGUACUGAUAAACACGGCGACUUACAGAUUUGUCAGUCGGUGUAAGACUUGAAGCCUUUCGGUCGUGAAGAAAACGGUUUGCUGAAUGAACAGACGAUAUGAAUCCUACUCGUUACUUUUAUGUCUGCAUCCAGCCGUCGUUUUUGCCAAGCCGUACAAGGGCACGAUAUCCGAACUAUAAAGAACCCUGGAGCCGUCUGCUCACCUGGAUAUUUCUCACUUCACUUUUCUGUCAUUUUCUUGGUUGCCCCAAGGACUCCUUUGAAGGGGUCAGACAAGGAACAACUUUAUUAUUCUUUCAUCUCUGCUAAGCGUCUACGACAUCCCAAAGGAGUUACAGACAACAACCCAAACUGUUUGCUGUUAGCUGAGUGUGUAGAUGAAACAAAAACAAAGUUAAAACUAUUUUAUUAUACUUCUGUAUCCAUGGCUUUUUAAAAUUUCUUCCUAUCUGGUGAUUUAUAGGAAAUUUUGCUGUGGCGUUCCUGCAAGUUUAGCAAAACUGAUCUUUUGGGGGAAAAAAAAAAAAACAUGAAGGGACUCUGUUGUACUGUAUAUGCUAAAACAGCAUAUUUUAUGUUUUUGCUGUAAUAAUUCCAAUUAUAAAUGGAUUAAAAACUAAUUACAGAGAAUUAUAAUGAAUUUCUAUGUAAAUAUACAGAUACUAGCAUUGCACAUUAUAGUAUGCUUUUUAUUUUCCUCUGGAGCCUUUGUCCCUGUAAAUGUAUUAAUAGACUAUUAAUUUUCUAUUGUGCUGGUAUUUGGACAUUAUUUCUCCCAGUAGGAGCAUUUUUUUUCUCUUCUUCCUAUUGUUAUUUUUCCUACAAACAAACAAACAAACAAACAAAAAAGACUCACUGAAUAAACACUUUAUGAUGAUCCUUUUCUAUCAUUGUAACCACUGAUGUUUUCAAAAUUGUUUUCGGUUUUUUUCGUUAUGAUUAUUUUUUUCACCGCGUUGAUUUAAACGAAACACUUUCACGGCAAAUCCAACAACACUGCGCGACAGGUAUUAUCAGGCACGGUACAAGAUUCACGGUUCUCUGGAGGGAGGUCGCAGAUUGUUCAAGUAAGCUACAUGCUGCAACACAGACUGUAAAAGGAUAAACGUGAAAAGAAUAAAAACAAAGGCAAGUACAUUCAUGAGGGAUUCAUUGCAUUAUUUAUUUGUUCAAAAGAAACAAAGUUUUAAACAAAAUGUUGAAUUUCAAAUGGUGAAAGAACAGCACAUAGUUUUUUUCAUUGUUAAUAAUAUGAUUGACUAUUAUUUAUUCAUUUUGUAUUGGUUCCAAGCUGAAUGACCUCAUAGCUAAUAUUUGUUGUAAAAGUGGAAUUUGUUUGCCGAAGAAUAAAUUACUGGAUAAGACUUACAACAUAAUAUUCAUAACGGUUUGUGUUUUUUUUUUUUUUUUCCUGUGAGCCUCACCAAAUGUGGAUGGUGGAUGAGAACAACCAGGAUGUUAAGAGAGCUUUCAACAGUUAAAUAAAGCAGAGAUGGAAUAAACAA